AUGACGGCGGAUUCAUUGAAUUUCUGGCUAACAAAAUUUGUACAAGAAAUUUGCAAAGAGGAUGGACAGAGAUACCCCCCGMGAUCUUUGUACAGCAUCAUAUGUGGUCUCCAACGUCAUUUGGACGAGGGUAAUGGAGCUGAAGCGGUACGAUUGUUAAAUAUAGAGGACAGAAGCUUAAGGGUUACCUGUGCAACUCGACUAUUCCAAGAAGCGGUUGAUGAGAAAUUGAUUAGGGAGCGCACUGGUCAUCGCUCUAGCGCAUUGUUUACAUAUGAAAAGGCAAGUGYACAGCAGGAAGUGCAUGUUAGCAAAAUUUUAGGUCCUCCGAAAGAUAUACAGCCUGUAACAGAUACGACAAUUGAAGAUUUAAGUUUAAUAUCCGAUAUAGUCGAUUUGGAGAUUUCGGAUGCAUUCCUAAGUAACAUGACUCUUCCAAAUGMAACUAUUACUUCAUCUAACCAAGACAAAGAUGAGAGUUUAAGCUUAAUGCCUGAUUUUGAUAUUUCURAUGAUUUGUUAAGCAGCWUUACUUUACCAAAUGAAACCGUAACUUCAAAUGUAUCMUCUACAAUAACCAACYGAACACAUACAAUUGCUGUAGUUAAUGGGUCUGAAUCCAGGGGAACAUUGGAGAAUAGCUUUAGAGAUGUAUUCAAUGAAAUAAACUUGGUAAAGGAAAAUGGAUACAUUAUGGUGGAUGGUUCAAAGGUAGAGGUGGAUUUCUUUCUUGGUGGUGAUUACAAGUUUUUACUGCUUGUCAUGGGUCUCAGUGCUGCUAAUUCAAUUUAUGCAUGCAUAUGGUGCAAGGUUCACAAGAAUGAGAGAGGUGAUAUGACCAAACCUGACRACUACUACGACAGUGGUACUAUGCAGCGAACGCUAGAUGAACUUAAAAAAAUGGCAGAGACUGGAGACUUCUGCUGCACCUCUAAACCUCUCCUGUCGAUAGCUCUAAACAAAAUCAUCCCAGAUGAGCUCCAUCUUAUGCUCAGAGUGUCUGACAUCCUGAUUGGCAAUCUGAUCGAGGAUGCAUUACAGUGGGAUGAAAAAGAUCAAUUUAGAAACWGAGGGAAAAACUUAGGAACCCACCUAAAGAAACUUGUAGAGACCAUAUGYAGUUGUGGAGUCUCCUUUUCUGUGUGGGAAAAGAACAAUGCAGAUGGGAGGGGUAGUGGGACCAUGGACUGGACUAGUCUAAUGGGAGACGACAGAAAGAAACUACUCAAUGAGCUCCCCCAAAAGCUUGGUGAAGCUAUUCAGCCAGACACUGCUCAGGCAGUGGCAGAUUUGUGGAAGAAAUUUGCUGACAUGUACUUUGGCUUCAUUUCAUCUCUCAAACCUUACAAUAUUGAUCAAUACCGUGCUCAGAUUAAACAGUGGAUAGAUGAUUUUACAUCAUUAGGACAUAAAAGGGUUGGAUACAAAACUGAGCGUGUUACUUGCUAUAUGCACAUGGCGGCCUAUCACAUCCCUAAUAUGGUUAAGACGCACGACAAUCUGAAGCAAUUUAGUGGACAAGGUAAUUUAAUAAUUGAUAUUGAGAAUACAGUAUCUUGUCAACAAGAAUACCCUUCURAAGUUGAAUAUCCUAGCUUAUAA